AUGCAAGGCUUUGUGUGUGAAGACUAUCAUCACAGACCAGCUUUAAAGGAGCUGGUGACACCUAGAAUAACAAAUCAGAAGGAGGUGUUGAUCAAAGUCAAAGUAAGAUUUUUUUGUUUUGUUGUCCGUAUUUUAGGCGUCGAGUGUAAACCCCAUUGAUGUUUGGAUGUCCGAAGGGUAUGCGCAUGAGCUGAUGACUGCUGUACGCAAUGUUGAGACAGGGAGAUUUGCCGCGAACGCAAGACUCCCGAUUACUUUUGGACGAGAUUUCAGUGGAGUUGUGGUGGAAGUAAGCGGUUUUUUUCUAUUUUUAUCUUCAUGGCUUUAAAAUAACAUUGAAUUAACACUUAGGAAAUCUUGUUUUAGGUUCCCACCGGAAGUGGUUUCCACGCUGGCGAUGAGGUAAUCGGAGUGGUCCCACCUUCUUGGCCAGGCGCUCAUGCUGACUAUGUGGUCACCAGAACUGAUUGUAUAGUUCCCAAACCAAAUGCAGUGGAUCAUGCACAUGCCGCUGCAAUGAUUUACGCAACAGCAACGGCUUGGUCAUCGUUGACUACGGUAAGAUUUAUCUGACCCAUUUUUUUUAUCUUUAAUCGAAUUAUAAGGGCGUUAAAAUGUGAUGUAUUUAGUUCGGUCGUCUGAACUCGGUCAACUGUCGCCAUCAACGAGUCCUUAUACAUGGAGGAUCUGGUGGUGUCGGCACUUCGACAAUUCAAAUACUCAAAUAUUGGGGUGUCCAAAAGAUUGUAGCAACUGCCUCCAAGAAGAAUCAGGAUCUUGUGAGGAAACUGGGGGCGAUUCCUUAUGAUUAUGCGGAUCCAAAUAUCAAGCAUGAUCUCUUGAAGGAAGCCCCGUUCGACCUUAUCCUUGAUUGCACCCCCAGAACAGAGCUGACGGAUUGGUCUGACACACUGCUUGGAUUGUGGAGAAACUCUAUUCAUCUCACCCUGACUAGCCCAUUGAUGCAACAGACGGAUCGUUAUGGAGUUCCACUCGGAUUGGCCACGACUACCGGAACCUGGCUCUGCAGGAAUCUGGAGGUAAUAAAUAGAUUUUAAAAAGAAUUAAUUUUUUACGUUGUAAUCAAUUUCAGAACUUCCGAAAAGGCCGCGCUUUCAUCUACGCCUACUUCAUACCCGACAAGGAUGCCCUCAACCUGUUGUCCACCAUGAUUGAUGAGGGAAAAAUGGUCCCGAUCGUGGAGAAGACCUAUCAGAGGGACCAGAUCGCCGAAGCCUAUGAAAGAGUGGGUCAAAUGAAGGGUGGCGGGAAGGCUGUCAUCUCAUUCGAAUAA